GGACAGAUUGCUGCCCAAGAGAUUCCCGCUGAGUGCAGGGAUCCCUCAAAAAAGCAAAAAUAAUAAUAAAAAAAAAUAAUUAAAUUCUUAAUUUAACCUAAAACUACGAGUUUAACUAGGUCUUUCCUCCAGCCAGACGCCUGCGAGAGCCGUGUGGAGCUUCCCGAGGGCGGAGCGGAGCGGAUAGCGGCGGAGGAGUGGAGAUUCGAAAUAAAGUGGUUAGUGGUUCAUCCGAAGAAUCUACUAGCAUGCUUUUCACUUUGAAAUUUAUGGAUGUUACAGGAUGAAACGUGUUAGGUUGGCCAGCAGCAGUGACAGUUCCGACAAUGAGAGACCUUCGACCUCCUUGUCCAACAAGUAUGGCAGCAAAGCUGGGAGCUCGGCCUCCAACCCAAAGAAGCCGGCCGAAGUGUUUAGAAAAGACCUGAUCAGUGCCAUGAAGCUGCCGGACUCCCACCAUGUCCCCCCAGAAGACUACUACCUCCUGGCAGACACCUGGAGACAGGAGUGGGAGAAAGGAGUCCAAGUGCCAGCCAGUCCAGACAACAUUCCUGAGGCUUCAGUCAGAAUUAUUGAAAAGAAGCCCGCGGAGGUGCUUUACUCCCACCAGAGGAAGUACAUCCAGAACGCGAGUAACGAGGCCGUGAAGCCCGGCUAUGUCAACAUCAAAGAGCUGGCGGAGGCCAUGUGCCGCUACGAUCUGGACGAGAUGGACCUGCACUGGCUGUACAUGGUCAACGAAGAGCAAAAUCGCAUGGGGGAGGAGCCCAUAGAUGAGCUGACAAUGGAGCGAGUGAUGGAGGCCCUGGAGAGCCGUUGCCAUGACAGCAUGAACCACGCCAUCAAGACGGUGGAGGGUCUGGGGAUCGAGUACGACGAGGACGUGAUCUGUGACGUGUGCCGCUCCCCCGACAGCGAGGAGGGAAACGACAUGGUGUUCUGUGACAAGUGUAACAUCUGCGUGCACCAGGCCUGUUACGGGAUUGUCAAAGUGCCGAUUGGAAGCUGGCUUUGCAGGACGUGCGUCCUGGGCAUCGACCCGCAGUGCCUUCUGUGUCCCCAGAAGGGCGGUGCCAUGAAGGCGACGCGUGCCGGCACCAAGUGGGCCCAUGUGAGCUGUGCCUUGUGGAUCCCAGAGGUGAGCAUUGCUUGCCCUGAGAGGAUGGAGCCCAUCACUAAAGUGUCCCACAUCCCGUCCAGUCGCUGGUCUCUCAUCUGCAGCCUCUGCAAACUGAAGACGGGUGCAUGCAUCCAGUGUUCGGUGAAGAAUUGCACCACUCCCUUCCAUGUGACGUGUGCCUUCGAGCACAGCCUGGAGAUGAAGACCAUCCUGGACGAGGGUGACGAAGUGAAAUUCAAGUCCUACUGCCUGAAGCACAGCAAUCUGAAAGCCGGAGAGGCCGGCCUGAGUCCGGCCCGCUCCACCAAAUCCUCCGCUGAGUCGGGGAAGGUGGGCCAGCGGGCGCAGAGGCUGCAGGAGCUGGAGGAGAACUUCUACACUCUGGUCCAGCCCGGGGAGGUGGCCCGGGACCUGGGGCUGUCCGAGAACAGGGUUGACUUCAUCUAUCAGUUCUGGAAGCUGAAGAGGAAAAGCAACUUCAACAAGGCCCUGCUUCCCCCUAAAGAGGAGGAGGAGAACUUGGUGCUGGAGCCGCAGAAGGAUAGCAUACACACCCGCAUGCGCAUGUUCAUGCACCUGCGACAGGAUUUGGAGAGGGUGAGAAACUUGUGCUACAUGGUGAGCCGCCGGGAGAAGUUGAAGCUGUUGCAUUGUAAAGCCCAGGAACAGAUGUUCGACUUGCACGUGAAGCUCUUGAAUGAAGAGUUGUCCUCUGGCAUUCCUGCUGCAUUCCCUGUGGAGAACACGCGCCCUCUUCCAAGGAUCACCCUGAAGCUGAAGAUGCCCAAAGCCUCCAGCUUCGGCGGUGGAAACCCGAGCUCCAAAUCAGGGAAUGGGCCUCUGUGCCCGGACAACAGUGGAAACGUUGGCGAGCAUGCCGGCGAGGGGCUCGGCCAGGGAAAGCCUCAACUACACAGCCGCGGCCUGAGAGGGAAGGGACCCAACGGUAGACUGUUGUCCUCCAGCCACGCUAGCGGCUUGGUGCUGCCCGUCAAACCCAGCGGCAAACCCCUGGCCCUUCACGCCUCGCUCCACGGCCACUCGUCCAACAGCAAUGGCAAAAUGGACAAAGGGCGGCCGCGUGAGACCAAAUCCAACGGCGUCCUGGAGGAGUUUGUGGCUCAGAAGAACAGGUCGUGCCAGACGUCGUCUGACUGCAACCCUUCAGACAAAGCCUUGGACAAAAAUGACUACCGCAAGACGGCCAUGGAACACUUAGGCAGGUCCUUCAAAGAGGCCACCAUCAACUUGGUGCGCACCACAGAGGACCUGUGCACCCCUGACAAACGGUCCCAGAAGGGCUCGGCGAAGGAGAGACUGUGGCAUAAACCUGUGACCAAGCACAGGGUGAAGAACGUGCAAUCGUACCGGGACAACGACGGCUACUGCCCCGACCUGGAACUCAGCGAUUCUGACCUCGAGUCCAAAGGUCGGCACAGACCCCAGGUCGGGCUGCUGAAGCCGGGCACUAACAGGAAGGGCAAACAGCCGCCGGGCUCCAGACACACCACACAAAGGUGACAGCCGUACGGACCACCGCUGCCGUUCAGUCACGACCCGACCGGCAGUGAACGCGUCGCUGACGGGACUGUGCACGAGGAGCGGGCGCCGCUCUGAGCGCCUCUGGCCUCAGGAACAGGCAUCGACGCGUUUCUCUGUUGGUUCAAGAGAAAUAAUUUUGGGUCUCAUGAGAUUAUCAGCCCACAGUUGUAUUUCGCACCGUCUUUAUAUUGUCUCCUCACCUGCAGGUCUGAUUUGCCUUUGAGCCAAUCUGCUGUAUGGAAAACAUUCAGAUUGAGAUGUAAAUUAUGUGUAAAUGAAGAUAAAAAUAAAUCCAACAGAGCAGAUGCAGAUGUGUGACCUCUUCCAUUUGCUAUGUUACAGAUAAAACCCAAGUUUCUGAUAUUAGUCACGUAGUGGGGUCAUCUUUGCCUGCAGUGUGUAAAAACCUCUCACACUCCUUAAGUUUUUACAGACCAUAGAGUCUCUGUGAGACAAAACACAAUGUAAACACUGAGGUUUGUGUCUCAGAAUGGGACGAAAUGUGUGAGGAAAAUAUCCCAAUCUUCCACUUAGUAUCCCUCAGUAAAGCCAGCUGGAAGCAGGAGCUGUCUGCUCGGCGGCCCGAUUGCCUUCGUAUUGGUCGCAGAUCACACAAUCAGCCUUUGUCGUCACAGACUCUGAGUUGUCCAAAUUUGAGCUGUGAAAUGUGCAUUUUUGCUGUUAUUUGUGUCCCUAGUAGGGAAAGAAAAAAAAACUCCAACCUGGAACAUGGCUAGUUCAUUGAGAAUGAAUAUUUUUUUACACAGAUGCCAAGUCAGUCUUUUCCUUUUUUUUCUUUUUCCCUUCUUGUUUUCUUUUUUUUUUACAAACUUGAUAUAUUUCGUUCACUUGAAAACCUUUUCGUUCAUUUAACAGAUGCAUCUGUGUUUUACUGAUAGAUGGUAUUUAGAGCGGUAGAUCCAAGCAGAAGUGGCUUUCAUUUAAACACUACCUGGUUCUCAAACCCAGGAGACCUGGAUUCAGCUUUCUUACCUCACCGUGGGUUCAUUUUAUUAUUUUUGCUGGAUUUAUCAGAGUCCCAUCAUGUUGCUUUUGCAACAACAGGUGCCCAACUUUACACUAACAUGUUUAAACAAUCCUGCUAUUCACUUCUCCU